AUGGCUGAGGUACAAGGUGCAGCUAGUUACCCAGGUGAAACUGCAGGUGUUCGUAAGUAUUUCUAUUACACCAAGGAAAAGGUGAGCUCAGACUGGAAGGACCUGGCCUUCCAUCUUGGGUUUGAACAACCCGACAUCGACAACAUCGAAGGGAGAAACCGAGAUGACAAGUCUCGCUGUAUGGACCUGUUGGAGGAAUGGCUGAAGCGUAACGGAGAGAGAGCCACCAUAGAGGUCCUGAUGGAGGCUCUGUCUGAGUCAAACCUGCAGAGUGUUGUGGAUGGUCUGAGGAGGAAACUUCAAGACAUGCCCUCUCCAGUUCCAGUUCCAGUUGGAGCUCCAGGAACAGACUCUUCUUCAGAAGUGCUCCAGACAUCUAUGAAGAAAUACUAUGAGUUGAAACUGUCUCACUUUAAGCCUCUGAUCUGGAAUGACAACUUCACACUUGCCCUCAGUGAUAUCUUCACCCAGUUGGAGUUCAUACAAAAAAGUGAAAAACAGCUCAAAACAACAAAAAAAUCCAAAAGGUCAGAAUCAGACUUGAAAGAAGAAAGGAAAAAACUGAAGUCAUUAGAGGACUUGUUCGACCCAGAUGUCACAGGACUGUCCACAGCACCAAGGUGCAUUCUGAUUGAGGGUGAAGCCGGAGGGGGGAAGACAACGUUUCUGUCCAAAGAAGCCCUAGAUGCCGUCUCACAGAAAACACAGCUGGGCAGACAACACAACACUGUCCUUUUUAUCCGACUCCGGGAGGUGAGAGAGGGGGAGACCAUAGAGGAGAUGGUGUGGGACCAGUGUGUUCCCCAAAGAAAAGAUGUAACCAUAGAGUCCAUUGAAACAAUCCUAGAGCAAAACGAAUCCCGUGUGCUGUUCCUCCUAGAUGGGUAUGAUGAGCUGCGGCCUGAGGCCAGGACAGCCGGGCAGGCCAUUCCCAAACUGCUGUCUGGCAAGUUGUACCCCAACAGCACAAUUGUGAUCACCUCCCGACCCUCAGCAGGAGUGCAGCAGCACACCCGGCCAGACUGUCAUGUGCACAUCAUGGGCUUCUCCCCUGAACAUAUGGUGAAAUAUGUGAGGAAAUAUUUCUUCAUCACAGAAAGUGCUGAGCUGGCAGAAGAGUUCAUCAGGCAGCAUUUCACAGUCUAUAACUAUGACAGUGAUAAUGAUGAUGAUGAGGAUGAUAGACUCAGUAGUAUAUCAGACUCAUCUACUGAAACUAAAAGUCAUGAUAAUGUUGAGGACGAGGAAGAGAAUGAGGAUGAAUUCAGCGAUGAAUCAGACUCAUCUACUGAAAGUCAUGAUAAUGAGGAGGUAAAGGUAGAAAGUACAGCAUCUUCACUACAUGUAGUUCUGAAAGAUAAUAAACUUUUCAAUAAUAUAAUCCAGACCCCACUAUUCCUGCUAUUAGUCUGUCUGCUGUGGGAGGAGGACCAAGAGAUGGUGUCUACUGGAACAAUGACGGGGCUGUACGACAACCUGCUGACCUGUCUGGUUAGAAAGUACUGUAAGCGGGAAGGAGUGGACAUGCCAACAGAAGGGCUGCCUACAGAGGUUGCUGAGUCAUUACUGCAGUUUGGCAAGUUAGCGCUAGAGGCACUGCUGAGGAAUGAGACCCUGCUUGACCUUACAGAAGUAGAGAGAGAAAAGGUGUAUUGUGAGCUGUUGCUAAAGCUUGGUGUGGUCUCCUUGGAGGUUUCUUUCUCUAAAUUACAUCCCAGGAAUCAACUGAACUUUUCCCAUAAGACCAUGCAAGAGUUCCUGGCCGGACGAUAUGUUGCUCAUGCUCUGGUGAACCAAGACAUUGUAGAGCUGCUGCAGCUCACCUCCAUAACCAAGGCACUUGAACUCAGUAACCUGCUUCAGUUCACGUGUGGCUGUGACUCACGGGCAGCACAAGCUGUGAUGGAGGAACUGAGCAAGAUCAGUAAGAAGGAGUUUUCACAUUUACGACUAGAUAACUUUCAGAAUAAACGUCACAAGGUAGUACCUGUAGAGCCAGAGAUUAAAGAAUCAGUUAAAACUUACAGGAGGUUCAUGUUGCUCGGUUUGGAUGUUCUGAAUGAAAGAAAAGAGCCAGGCGUACUGCAGGCUGUCAGCAGAGCCCUGCCAGUUGUCAUCAUGGACCUCCGAAGUCUCAGGAAACAACAUGCUGCUUUGAAGUAUUACUUAGAAAAUAUCCAGUCAUCACAUCUACCUGAUAGAAUGAUUCUAGACUCAUCUUAUGUUGAUGUUUCAGAAGCUCUUCAGUACCUGGAACAGCUUGUCACUUCCCCCAUCCCUGGCUUAAAAGUAGACCUAAGACUGGAUGAUGUUACAUUUGACUCACCGGUACCUGAUGAGACAGUUCAGCACCUACAGCAGUGCCUCCCUGGACUUAGAGUGGACUUGAAACCAACAGAACAGUUUGACUCACCUGAUGAGACAGCCAGGCUGGUUUCAGUUCUGAAGGAUGUUCCUGGUCUGAGGGUGCUGGAUCUGGCGUGGACAUACCUAACACCAUCAUCACUCAAGCCACUUGUGCAGGGGUUCAGCCACAUGUCUCUGUUAGAGGAGUUGGAUCUUAGCCGGAACCCUGACCUUGGUGAUGCUGGGAUGGAAGUUCUGCAGUUUGGGCUGUCCAGUGUUCCACACCUGGCUAUACUCGUUCUUGAGUUAGUCUGCAUGACAGCUGUGGGCAUGUCAUCCCUGGUUCCCUACAUGCACCACCUAGUGGGACUGAGAGAACUGGAUAUAAGUUAUAAUUAUAUCGGUGACACUGGGCUGGAAUCUCUCACCACUGUCCUCCCCAUCUUCACAGACAUGCAGGUGUUGGUCCUGUGUAACAUCGAUAUCAGCCCCACAGGCAUGCGCACACUGGUCCCUGCACUGUGCCAGCUAACCAGACUGAUCAAACUGGACAUUAGUGAGAAUGCCAUAGGAGACCCCGGGCUGGAAUUCUUGGCUGCUAUCCUCCACCGCCUCACAGCCAUGAAGGUGUUGGUUCUUAGACAGACAGGUAUCAGUGACAGGGGAAUAUCAUCCCUGAUCAAAGCUCUGCCUCACCUGGUGCAAUUACAGGUGUUGGAUGUGAGUUUUAAUAACAUAGGAGACUCAGGGAUUGUCUCACUGGUGGAAACACUCUGCCAGCCCAGCAGUUUGGACAUGAAACAAAACCCACCUGGUGACAAGAGUCUGACCACAGCCCCUCACUAUAACACCACACUACAGGAGCUGUACAUCGGGGGGAAUAGGAAAGUAACAGGAGCCGGACUGGAGAGAAUCACACAGCUCAUCAGUGCACUGCCGGCACUGACCAGACUGGGAAUGUCUGGUUACUGGAACACACCUGCACACCUGUCUGACAGCGCUGCCAUGGCUCUGGCCGAGGCUCUACCCAGACUCCCUGCCCUGGAGCGACUGGACCUGGAGUACAUCUCCAUGGAGCCUGCAGGGUUCCGGGCUGUGGUGCAGGCUGCUGAGGAACACCCGACACUGGAGAUGCUUUUGUGA